CUUAACCCCCCUGGCGGCAUUCCCGAGUGCUGUGCUCGAGUGCUCAAAUGGUCAGUCCGCCCCUGCUCAGGAUUACUCUGCAGCAUUGCUCAGGGAUCUCUCCAGCACUUACCUUGUCCUUCGCUCCCGCGAUGUCCCCCCUGCAGCAUCCUUGGCCAUUUUGCUCCGGCCGAUGUUGGCAUCCAUCUUCCGGGUUCCAUUCCCUGCGAGCGUCGGGACGUAUGGGGGUUGGAACCGGCAGGAAAUUAAAAAAUUUUAAAAGGUGACAUUCACUCAAUACACUAAAAUCUCAUAGUAUAACAUUACUGUAUCAAACCAUUUCACAUACAU